UGAACAUGAAGGCAUCAGGAUUCUGCACAGAACAUCAGUCCAAUUGAGCAUUAUUUUAUUGCAAUGUUUGUAGUAUUUCCUCGCAGACCACUCAGCUCGCGUGUCCAAUCUUAGACUUUUGCACAGAAUCUUUGGACACCACUUUCGGUUGGGACGGAACCGGAACUUUCGAAGGCCAAGCAGUUUUCAUGCCAGACAAACCUCUUACCAUUGCGACAUAUGCAGCUGGAGCCUCGCUUGCUGCUAUCACUCUCGUUUACGUCUUUGGUCCCACAUUCCUUCUUGACGGCAACGAGAGUGCAAACAUUAAGCCCAGCUCACGGAGACCUGCUGUCGGAUUAUUCAACCCCGCGAACGAUUGUUUUAUCAAUUCUGUUCUCCAAGCUCUUGCUGGUCUUCCACACCUCCGCAAAUACCUUAUUCGCGAAACGCAUCGACGGAGGCUCGAUGGGGAGGAGAUAUAUAAGGUGACAGAUGAGGAUCUGGACUCUGGAUUAUCAGAGACCAAGUUAUUGCGGUUACAGGGAUUAAGAGCGGGCAUUGUUACUCAAGCGCUGAAGGAUAUACUCGAUAAUCUCAAUGAACGACCAAUAUACAAGAAGACUAUCUCCGCACAGCCAUUCGUGGUCGCUUUAGAAAAAGCUUUUCAAACAAGAAUUAGCCGGCAGCAGCAAGACGCACAAGAAUUCCUUCAGGUGGUCGCAGAGCGAAUCUGCGACGAAUAUCACGCUGGUGCAAAGGCACGGAAACAUGCUCAGGAAUUGACUCUGGCUGAUUUGCAGAUUCAUGGCAAAGAUGCAGAUAGCCAAAAGACAACAAAGUGCUUAGCAGAUGCUGAAAAUACUGUGGCAGAGUCAGAAAGGCCAUCAGGAUCGGAAUCUCCAUCAGACGAUGACCAAGUUGCACAGACUCUAAAAUAUGUUAACCCUCAAGAAGAGGAAGACGGAUUUCCACUAGAAGGCAAAAUUGAGUCUCAUAUCGAGUGUCAGACGUGCGGAUUCAAGCCCAAAAGCUCAAUCUCGAACUUCGUUACACUUACCCUUCAUGUCCCACAGAAGAAUUCCACAACCCUAAAUCAGUGCUUCGAUGGGAUGCUUAAAGUCGAAGUCAUUGAAGGUUAUAAGUGCGACAAAUGUCGACUCGAACAUGCCUUAGUGUUCAAAAAGGGACAGCUGCAUUCGACGUUGGAUUCCCCCAUGCGACAAGACCUAGAGGCUGAAAUUGAAAAAAUUGAAAAGGCUAUUGAAGACGACCCAGAGAAGCCGCCUGAGGGUGUCCAGCUUCCAGACUUGAAGUUUGCACCAAAAAGAACCAUCAAAAAACAUAUGCGCAUUGCCCACUUUCCCAAGGUCUUGGCUAUUCACCUCUCCCGAUCCAUUUUUGAAACGCAUUACUCGUCGAAGAACAUGGCCAAAGUCUCUUUUCCGGAAAUUUUACCUUUGGGAAGCAUUGUCGACCAAAAAAGAUAUCGUUUGCUCUGCGUCGUUAGUCAUAAGGGAGGGCACAAUAGUGGUCAUUACGAAACAUUUCGACGACAGGUCACCACCACACCUUUCAGCACGCCGCAUUCCUUUGGCGCUGAAGGAGCAUAUAGUCGUAGUGGAAGCCCUAGCCUCAGUACUGUUGCGAGUCCUCGUCUUACAGCAAUCAAUGGUAAGAAGCUAGCCGGCCUAAGUGGUAAAUCACCGCUAUCACCCAAGCCACAGACGGACUACGCUGUAGCACCCUCAGAUCUAUCGUCGCCUUUACAUCCUAGCCCCUCAACCUCAUCGCUUUCGUCUCGCUCUUCGUUCAGUUUAUCUGGAUCUCUGCGGCGGAAAUCUCGACCGCCAACUUCUGCGCCGCGAGACUCGACUACUGCAUUCACCGAAUCGAACACAAAUACCAAGCCCAAUGAGGAACAAGUACCUUCUUUGAAUUUCGAUUCAGCGCCAGCAGCAAGAAAAAGCAGUGCAUCGCAUGCAUCUCAGUCCACCAAAAAACGUAAAAAAAGUUCGAGUAACAACAGAUGGUGGCGUAUUAGUGAUGAAAAGGUCAAGGAAAGCAAGACCAGCGAGGUAUUGAGUCAACAAAAGGAAGUCUAUCUACUGUUCUAUGAGUUGAUGGACGAAAGUGAAGAGGAAUGAUAAAUGUGUGCUUGCACUGGUGGCAAUUUAUGUCCCUAGUGGGCCAUGGUCUAACAAACUGUGAAUAAACUUUUACUAUCACCUAGAGAUCCAUAGAAAGAUCCAAAACUGUUCGCAAUGUCAUGCCUCAUUUGUUCAACUCCGAAGAGUGUUCAC